UUGAGAUAUCUUUUAUUUUUCUUUGAUAUAUGCCAUCAUGGUUGGUGGGCAAGCAACUAGCUUUUCUGGAUUUUUAUACUUAGGGGAUGUUGGGUUGAGUUCAAAGUCAAAUUCUACUUCAAAUAAAUUCCUUUGAUCAUUGUUUGACGAUUGGACUUGAUGAUUAAUGAGUCCACACUAGCUUUUGUGGGGACCAUUGAUCAGUUAAACUUAAAGCUUUGUAUAUAAAGGCUUCAUCCUCAAUUAUCCAAAAGGCUUUAUCUAUUACAAAUGUUGUCUCAAAGAUUCAGUUUGGUCAUAGUCCUAGUCUGUUCUGCUCUAUUUACUGCUCUAUCAGCUCAGCCAAGCUUGGAACUUGAAGUUGAGGCUUUGAAGGCAUUCAAGAAAUCCAUCACCAGUGACCCUUAUGGAGCACUUGCAGAUUGGACAUCAGAUUCAAAUCAUCACUGCAACUGGUCUGGUGUUGUCUGUGACCCUUCCACAAAUCAUGUCAUUUCAAUUUCUCUGGUUGAUAAGCAGCUCAAAGGGCAGAUAUCACCCUUCCUUGGAAACGUUUCAGGCCUCCAGGUUCUUGACUUAACUUCGAAUUCAUUCACUGGACAUAUUCCAGUUGAGCUGGGACUUUGCUCCCAACUUUCUGAACUUAUCUUGUAUGAAAAUGCUCUUUCGGGUCCAAUUCCGUCAGAACUAGGCAACCUUAGAAAUCUUCAACAAAUAGAUUUAGGUGAUAAUUCUUUGACUGGAAGCAUCCCAGAGAGCAUUUGCAACUGCAAAAACUUGUCAGCCUUUGGUGUCAUUUUUAAUAAUAUCACAGGAAAAAUCCCACCAAACAUAGGAAAUCUUGUUAAUCUUCAGAUUUUUGUAGCAUUUGGCAACAGAUUGGUAGGCUCGAUACCUGCUUCCAUUGGAAAGUUGGGAGUUUUGCAAGCUCUUGAUUUGAGUCAAAACCGGUUGUCAGGUGUACUGCCCAGGGAGCUAGGGAACUUGUCAAAUUUAGAAUCACUUUUAUUGUUUCAGAAUUCCUUUGUCGGGAACAUUCCUCCUGAACUAGGUCGUUGUAAGAAGCUUUUUAACCUUGAACUCUAUGUCAAUCAGUUCACCGGAGGCAUUCCUUCUGAGCUUGGAAAUUUGGUGCACUUAGAAACAUUGAGAUUGUACAAGAAUAGGCUAAAUUCCACAAUCCCACUUUCCAUUUUUCAGCUGAAGUCGUUAACCCAUUUAGGAGUUUCAGAAAAUGAGUUAACUGGGACUAUACCAUCUGAGCUUGGAUCUUUAAGAUCAUUACAAGUGUUGACCAUGCAUUCCAAUAAGUUUACUGGAGAGAUCCCUUCAUCCCUGACAAACUUGGCAAAUCUAACAUAUUUGUCAAUGAGCAUCAAUUUCUUAACAGGGGAACUUCCAUCGAAUAUAGGGAUGCUUUAUAAUCUGAAAAACCUGACCAUGAACCGUAACCUUCUUGAGGGAUCCAUUCCAUCUAGUAUUGUAAACUGUACCCAGCUUCUAGUUAUAAGCUUAGCUUACAACAGAAUAACUGGGAAAAUUCCUGAGGGUCUGUGGCAGUUGCCAAAUCUUACUUUCUUUUCUGUUGGAUCAAAUAAAAUGUUUGGGGAAAUCCCCGAUGACCUUUUCAAUUGCACAAGUCUGGCCACUCUAGAUUUGUCCCGGAACAACUUCAGCAGUUUGCUGAAACCAGGAAUUGGAAAACUCUCCAAUCUCAGGAUUCUGAGAACCUUCUCAAAUUCAUUUGCCGGACCCAUUCCACCAGAAAUUGGACAAUUAAGCCAACUUAUCGUCCUUUCACUUGCUGAGAAUAGCUUCUCAGGUCCAGUUCCACCACAGCUAUCUAAGCUCUCUAGCCUCCAAGGGCUUUCCCUGGACCACAAUGCUUUAGAAGGAGCAAUACCUGAGAAAAUUUUUGAACUAAAACAGCUAGCCAAUCUCGAGUUGCAGCACAACAAACUGGCUGGACCAAUUCCAGUUAAUAUCUCAAAACUUGAGUUGCUUUCAUACUUAAACCUCCAGCAUAACAUGUUCAAUGGCUACAUUCCAGAAAGCAUGGCUCACCUUAAUCGACUGACAACACUGGAUCUCUCUCACAAUAAUCUCUCAGGAUCCAUUCCUGGGCCUGUGGUCUCAGCCAUGCGAAGCAUGCAGAUAUAUUUGAACUUUUCAUACAAUUUCUUGACUGGCACCAUUCCAGAUGAGCUCGGUAUGUUGGAAAUGGUACAAUCCAUUGACAUUUCCAACAAUAAUCUUACAGGGACCAUUCCCAGAGCAAUUGAAGGCUGCAAGAACUUGUUCUCUCUUGAUCUUUCAGGGAACAAACUUUCUGGUUCACUUCCAGCUGAAGCUUUUGAUCAGAUGGACAUCCUCACAAGCUUGAACCUUUCAAGGAACAACUUAGAUGGUCAAAUCCUGGAAAAAUUGGCAAACCUGAAGCAUCUUAGCUCCCUCGAUCUUUCUCAAAAUCAUCUGAGUGGCAAAAUCCCUGAGAGCUUUGCCAAUAGUUCCACCUUGAAACACUUAAACCUCUCUUUCAAUCAACUUGAAGGCCAUGUUCCAGACACUGGAAUAUUCAGACGAAUAAAUGCAUCCAGCUUGGUAGGAAACCCAGAUCUCUGUGGAAACAAAUUUCUCAAGGCAUGCAAGAGAAGUUCACACCAGCUGUCCAAGAAAACCAAGUUUAUUCUGUUGUUGCUUGGAUCUGUUUCCAUAAUUCUAGUUCUAGUGUUCAUUAUUCUUAUCCUCAACCGAUUCAGCAACUUGCGUGGAUCUAAAAAGCUUGAGAAUCCUGAAUAUGAGUACACUUCAGCAUUGCCGCUCAAGAGGUUUGAUCAAAAGGAUUUAGAAACUGCCACUGAUUUCUUCAGCAAGGAUAAUAUUCUCGGUGCAAGCAGUUUGAGCACUGUGUACAAGGGUAGACUAGAAGAUGGGCAGAUAGUAGCUAUAAAGAGAUUGAAUCUGCAUCAGUUCUCUGUUGAAUCUGAUAAAUGCUUCAAUAGAGAAAUCAAGACACUUUGCCAACUGAGGCAUAGGAAUUUGGUGAAGGUACUUGGCUAUGCAUGGGAGAGAGGAUUAAAGGCCUUAGUUCUGACAUACAUGGAGAAUGGGAACCUGGAGAGCGUUAUACAUGAAGAUGAGGUGAACCAGGGGAGAUGGAUACUAUCUGAGAGAAUCAACGUUUUAAUUUCCAUGGCAAGUGGAUUGGAUUACUUGCAUUCAGGUUAUGGCUCUCCCAUUGUUCAUUGCGACUUGAAGCCUUCUAACAUCCUUCUGGACGGUGACUGGGAGGCCCAUGUGAGUGAUUUUGGGACAGCUAGAAUGUUGGGAGUUCAUCUCCAGGAUGGGAGUAACCGUUCCUCAGCAUCAGCUUUCGAAGGCACAAUUGGCUACUUGGCACCAGAGUUUGCAUACAUGAGGAAAGUCACGACUAAGGUAGACGUAUUCAGCUUUGGUAUAAUAGUGAUGGAGUUCUUGACAAAACAGAGGCCAACAGGACUCAUGGAAGAGCAUGGGCUCCCAGUGAGCUUGCACCAACUUGUGGAGAAAGCCCUUGCAAAUGGAAUGAAGAAUAUUCGUCAAGUUCUGGACCCUAUGCUAGCCUCAAAUAUCUCCAAGGAACAGGAGGAAAUUGCAGAAGAGCUGCUUAAGCUAGCCUUGGUUUGCUCCAACCCAAAUCCUGACAACCGACCUAACAUGAAUGAGGUGCUGUCUACUCUUUUGAAGCUGAAAAAGGAAAAUUAGUACAGCAACCAUGGUGAUUAUAUUUCACAGUACUAUGAAUGUUGAAUCAUCAGGGUAGAAUAUCAAAGUUGUAAUGCUGUAUCAGAGAUGGAAAAAUGGAAGAAUAAUGUUGUCUUAUCAAAUUCAAUUUUCAGAA